AUGGCCAGCAUGGACGCCGUCUUCGCGGCAUACAAGAAGCGACAAGCCGUCCUCGAGAAAAGCGACAGUCCCUUCGCCAAAGGAAUCGCUUGGGUCGAGGGAGAGCUUGUCCCGCUCAGCGAAGCUCGCAUUCCCCUGCUAGACCAAGGAUUCAUGCACAGCGACCUCACCUACGACGUCCCGUCCGUGUGGGACGGGCGGUUCUUCCGGCUCGACGACCAUAUAUCCCGGUUAGAAGCGAGCUGUGAGAAGAUGCGACUGAGACUCCCUCUACCCCGGGACCGAGUGAAAGAAAUCCUGGUGGACAUGGUGGCGAAAUCCGGAAUCAGGGAUGCCUUCGUCGAACUCAUCGUCACGCGCGGCCUCAAGGGCGUCCGCGGCCACACUCCAGGCGAAACCUUCAAGAAUCACCUGUACAUGUUUGUACAGCCUUACGUCUGGGUCAUGGAUCCCGAGGUGCAGCGCACCGGGGGCCGCGCUAUCAUUGCGCGAACUGUGCGGCGGAUCCCACCGGGGGCGAUCGAUCCCACUGUCAAAAACCUACAAUGGGGAGAUCUCACUAGAGGUCUAUUUGAGGCGGCCGAUCGAGGUGCUACCUAUCCGUUCCUUACGGAUGGAGAUGCCAAUCUGACCGAGGGCUCCGGGUUCAAUGUUCUCCUAGUGAAGGACGGCGUGAUCUAUACACCAGACCGAGGCGUCCUCCACGGCGUGACGCGGAGGAGUGUGGUUGACGUGGCAAGAAGUCUCGGGAUCGAAGUUCGCGUCGAGUCGGUGCCUGUGGAGAUGGCGUACCACUGUGACGAGAUCUUUAUGGCAACAACGGCGGGAGGAAUCAUGCCCAUCACAAUGCUCGACGGACAGCCGGUGCAACAAGGCGACGUUGGACCCGUCACCAAGAAGAUCUGGGAUGGAUAUUGGGCGUUGCAUUACGAUUCGGCAUACAGCUUUGAGAUUUACUAUGGUUCAUCGAGUGGAAACCCUCUCGAGGAAGCCAAUCAUGGGCAGGUGAACGGUUUGAACGGGCUUCAUUGA